CAACGCGCGACAGCACACAGGCCAAGUCCGACACACAAGACCCCAGCGCCCCACACACCCCACCCCCAAGUCGCACAUCCGGUGAAAAAUGGCCACUUCCGGUCUGAUCCUGCUCUCCGUCUUCCUCCUGAGCGCCACCCUCACUUCCGCCCAGCAGAUCAGGGAACAGGAGAAGCAAAAGGAGGAGAUGUCGGAGCGGGGCGCGCGAUUACUGGAUCGGUUCGAUAACCGAUACCCCGACGGGAGCUACGAGUAUCGGUUCGAGCUGGACGACGGAACGGCGCGGUACGAGCGCGGAUACUUCGCCAGGAUCAACAACGUGAAGACCCUCAUGGUCGUGGGCUACUACGCGUACCGGAUGACCGACGGGCGCUACAUCACCGUGUUUUACAACGCCGAUCAGUUUGGCUAUCGGCAGAAUCAGUCGAUCACGCCACAAGAGUAUCCCGACCUGCCGCGCUCCAUCGAGGUGCCCAUGGCCAGCGAGUCGUCCGGCUCCGGCUCCGACGCCGACUCCGUUUCCGACUCCCGAUCCCGGCUGGAGUCCCUGGGAAACCCCUCCGCAACGACCACGACGACAACGCCCCGGGGGGCGGGGACGAGUCGCAGGGGCCGCUACUGAGACCCCGUAAUUGCACACCAUCCUCAUUAUUAUUAUGGCUCCUCCAUCGUUUUUUUUUGUGCCCCGACUACUCGUAUUAUAUUAUUAUGAAUUUUAUUUUUUUUCACUUUUUGUGUUCAAUGAAAUGGAAUUAAAAAAGAAUAAAAAUUUAUUAAGGCAAAGCA